CUUUUGAAUGCUAAACAAUGUAAACUUGUAAAAUUUUUUGCCAAUGGUGCCAACGAUCUAAAAAUUCUAAUAUAUUUUAAUCCCAAAAUAUUUCUCUUCAGAGUCUCUCACCCCUUUUCUCUCUCCCCAUAUCUCAUCUCAGACCAAGCCUCUCUCCUCCUCUCUCUCCGUGUCUGUCUCUGUCCCUCAUUCAGUCCUCACUCUCUAUCUCACGGCGUUUGUAUUGUCUUUUUGGGUGAUUUUUGUGGUGAUAAUGGUGUGGGUCUAGUGGUUUGCUUGCAAGGUCGGCGAGGAUCUGAUGGUCUGGUAGUUUUCUUAAAACAUGAGUUAAAAUAUUCUUUUAUUUUGUAGCGAUUUCUUAAAACCCAAAAAGGUAAGUUUCUUUCGUAGUGGUGGAUGUUAUUUUUCUUUUGUGUGAAUUUGAUUGUGAUUGUGAUUGUGAUUGGAGCCUGUGUUUGAGUGAUAUUUGAAUGAAUUUUGUCCUGUUUCAAUUUUGAUAAGAAAAUAUUCGUAACUAUUUAACGGAGUUAUUGCGUUUGAUUAGCUUUUUUUGAAGUAUAGGUUUGUUUAGAAUGAAAUUUUUUUAAGCAUGUUUGUUAGUAUGAGAUAUAUUGGAAUUCAGAUCUAAUUUUUGGGAUCUCUAAUCACUAAUCAGUUUUACCCAAAGCUUGAAUUUAGGGUGCGUUUGUAUAAGCUGGUGCAAAACGGUGUUUUGGGUUUAAAAUGAGUUUUGUAAAAAAACUAUGAGAAGUUGCUGUUGUGAAUCAGAGUUUUGGGUUUUAAAAAUGCUCUUUUAGUUGAUGGUUUAUGAUCAGAUUCUGUCAGUUUUCGGGUGAGACCGUAGAACCAAUUAACUUGAUCACCUGGGUUUAUUUGUUUAUUUGUUUUUUGGAUUACAUAUCUAGGUGUAGUUAUGAGUUUCAAGCUGUUUGUUCUUACUUCCAUUUGUGUUUUGAGUUAUUCGCUGACCUAUUGAUUGUUUAGUGCUACAGUUGAUUUUUGAGUAGAACUAAACCUUCAAAUUCUUAUAUAUAUAUAUAUAUAUAUAUAUAUUUAGAGAGAGUUUCAACCUAUGACAUAUGCUCCUGAUAAUAGCUCUUUUAUAUGGUUUCAUGUUUGUUUGAUAGUUCUGUAGAGGCCUUAUGCUAAAGUUCUGUAUCAUUUCUUAUACAACCAUUUUGUUGAAGUUCCAAACCAGUGGAACUUCCAAAUCAUGGUUAUGUUUAUUUGUCUUCUAAAAAUUCCUUUUAAUUCAUUCCUUUUAUCAAUUUUCGCAUUGACGAUCAAUUUAGUCAUUCCCCAUCAUGUCUGUACAAGGUUAUUUGUUUUUUUCAUCUUAAAAAGAAAGAAAGAAAGAAAGCAAAAGAAUUCCUCUUCUCCAUGCUGAAUUGUGUUAUGUUACAAUUGUUAUGCCAGGUAGAGAAUUAUGGUGGGAUUUAAAAAUAGGUACAUGAUUGUGGAAGUUUUCUUGGAUCCUAAUAGAGAUCUUGCUGGGCAUGAUCCCAUCAUUAUUACCCAAUUUAAUGUCUCAAAAGGGAUCAAAGACAGCAUUCUUGUAAACUUUGGAGAGUGUGGUCUUGCUUCAUCACUUGCAUCCUUCCAAGUCAAGUAUGUGAAUCCCAUCACAAAGCUUUGCAUCAUUAGAGCUUCAAGGGAAGAGUACCAAAAGGGAGUAUAAAGGCUUGUAGAAAUGUAACCUUGAAGUAUGAUGAGCUAAAAUUUGAGCAGUACAAACCUGUAGUUGGGGCUUGUCUCGCCAUCG